GGGCCUUCCCGGAUCAAUGUAAGCAUCUCAAUACAAAGCAGAUGAUGAGAUAGAACUGCCCGACAGCCCUUGACCGUUAUCGCCCACGAUUCGUUUGCGGUGGGAGUCCCGCUGAUACAAUACGUAAUAUAGAUACAUAAGACCACAAGCAAAGCAAAGAAUCCCAAGGUUACUAUCCAACGAUUUGGGUACGGGUGCGUCGUCCCGUAUGGUUCCGUAUGGUUGGAAUUCGAAAGGCAACAGAUACGAUGUCGGGAUCUAACACAUGGUGAAGUGCACCCCCUGGUGUAGUACCAGACGUCGUGGAUGUCUACCUCAACAGAACGCAGUCGCCCCCCCCAUUCACCGAACCUCCCAGACACUCUUUGAGACAUACCUCGGCUGCGUAACCACCUUUAUAUCCGACUUCCCCCAUAUAUAAAUGAAGCGAACGAAACUCCACCAACAACUCGAGGAACUCCUCGCUAAGCUACCAGAGGAAGAAGAGCAGGCCCUCAAAAAUCUUCCUUAUCUUUCCAGCAUUUUGAGAACCCUUGCUCCAAAGGUGAACUCUGUGGCAGUACGAGACUGCACAGACAAGGAUAUACGCAGGGUUCUGCAGCUGGACACGUCAGCUGUCAAGCGCACCAACCCCAGCUGGGCUUUACCGGAAGAUGUCCCUCGCUACUCUCCGACGAAGUGGCUCAAAAGCUCAUGGGCAAUGAUUGACAAGUUUUGGAACCUCAACAGCGAGAACAGCACCCGGACAAUCAUUGAUCUCUUCUUGCUGGACGUCAUGGCACAAGCUCAAAACAGAGAACAGGACGAGUCGGCGAAGAUAAUGUCGACAUGGACUGAGGUCUCACUGUCCCACAUUCACGAAGACUUUAAGGACGCCCUCCAUACGAUGUUGUUUGUUGGAGAGGCGAAGGUGGCCGGUGGGGAGCGCUCACUGUGGCAAAUCAUUGCCUACUGUGGCAUGUUACGCAAACUGCGGCUUAAACACGUCGCAUCCUCCCCGUAUUCUCACAAUGCAACCAUUUACGGUUUUGUGACGGACUCCAUCGUUUGGGAGUUCGUCCGCGUGGACAACAACGGAAAAGUGUUCCUUUCCCCGGCAAUCACCAGCCAUAUCGAUGUCCAGACCUGGCUCGGAUACACGUUAAAAUGCGCUCGUCAAAGCACGCGGACGGCCAGCCCCGCCGUUUCCCAGGCGGAACUCCAGGAGUUCUCGAUCAGCAUCGAGCGGUUCCGGAAGCUUGCGAUGCCCAACCCGGACGACGAGGACGACCCCGAAGAAGAUGCCAGAGCGGCAAGGGAGCUGCGGGAAGGCGUUGCUGCCAGUAUGGCGAAAAAUCCCGUACCGCUUGAGCCAUAG